AUAAAACGAUUAAAUUAUGGAAAGUGUCGGAACGUGACAAGCAGUGGGAAGGUUUCAAUUUACGAGACGAGGAUGGAUGUAAUCGAGACUACUCGGGGCUGACUAAUUUGUUGGUUCCUGCAGUUAAACCCAUGGAAUUAAUGGUCGAGGCCAGUCCUAGAAGAAUAUUUGCUAAUGCUCAUACUUAUCAUAUCAAUUCAAUAUCUGUAAAUAGUGAUGGGGAAACGUAUAUAUCUGCUGAUGAUCUUAGGAUUAAUUUAUGGUCUUUAGGAAUUACAGACCAAAGCUUUAAUAUUGUUGAUAUUAAGCCAGCCAAUAUGGAAGAAUUAACAGAAGUUAUCACAGCAGCAGAGUUUCACCCUAAAGAAUGUAAUACAUUUGUUUAUAGCAGUAGUAAAGGCACAAUUAGGCUAUGCGAUAUGCGAGCACAAGCAUUAUGUGAUCAACACGCCAAAAUAUUUGAAGAACCAGAAGACCCUAGUAAUCGUUCUUUUUUCUCCGAGAUAAUUUCCUCAAUAUCCGAUGUUAGGUUUAGUCAUAGCGGUCGUUACAUGAUAUCGCGGGAUUAUUUGUCAGUUAAAGUAUGGGACCUUCACAUGGAUACCAAACCUGUAGAAACUUUCCAAGUGCACGAGUACCUUCGUAGUAAAUUAUGUUCACUUUAUGAAAAUGACUGUAUAUUUGAUAAGUUUGAAUGCGUAUGGAAUGGCACCGACAAUGCUAUAAUGACUGGUUCAUAUAACAAUUUCUUCCGGAUGUUUGACCGCAACACAAAGAGAGACAUAACGCUUGAAGCAUCGCGGGAGAACGCAAAACCCAAACAAGUGCUCAAACCACGAAGAGUGUGUGCUGGGGGCAAGAGGAAGAAAGACGAAAUAAGUGUAGAUAGUUUAGAUUUCAACAAGAAGAUACUCCAUACUGCAUGGCAUCCAUCAGAAAAUAUUAUAGCUGUGGCCGCCACAAACAAUUUGUAUAUAUUCACAGAUAAGCAAUAGUUGAGUAAUGUUAGCGUAGUGUAAAAACUAUCACAGGACAUAGUCAUGUUGUUGUACAUGUAGCUAGCACACGUAUGCCCCAAUUUGUGGCCAAUGUCAGAUGAAAUCAUUGCCCUCUCCCCUAACCCCUUGUUCAUAUUUUUGAAUAUCUUUAUCCAAAGUCAGCUGAUGCUUGUUAUUCAUGUUAUACAAAGUCAAUAUUUUCAUUUAUUUUUUUGCAUCAUCCAAUUCUCAUUCCGUAGAAAAAAGAAUAGCUUAUCUCUUAAAGUAAACCUGUAAACAAGUAUGUGUUACCCUUCAAUUUUCUACCAUAAAGUUGUACUUCUUGAAUGUGAUAUAUAUAUAUGUAAAAAAUACCUCGAUUUAGUUUCUCAAGUGGGUCCAAUCAAAUGCUUUAUACAUCUUUUUUUUUUUAUGAUACAGGCUGUGCCUGAUCUAAUACCUGCGACUUUUCGCACCAAGAGCAAAUUUAAUAAGCUUGUUUUGCUUGACUAAUUAUCGCAAUAUUAAAUGCCCAGUUUCGAACAAAACACUAUACCGUAUUACAUGUAGCUCUAUUAGUAGCAUAAACUUAUGAUAAACUUAUGUAAAUGAGAUGUGGCUGUGAUCAAAAUGAACCAUAUUUAAAUGAUCAAGCAUGCAAUUACUGGUUUAUGUGCAUUCUAUUGGAGCUAAUACGGUACUAAAUUUAUUGAUUUGCUGAAAGUUAUCAAAUGUGGAAAGAUCGAUGCAAUGGACAGUUUCUUGCUGUACAGUGGUGUUACUUGACUGUCAAUGUCAUAGUUAUCGAUAGAUUGCUUAAUAUCUGUGUACAUUCUGCAAUUUUUUGGUAUUGCUUAUAUUUUUGUAGAAGUGUUUUACAAAUGAAUUUGUGUUACCUAUUGCAAUCGGUAGACAGAAGUUUUGUGCAACUUAGCAAAAUGUUUCCAAAAUUACCUCAAUCUUGGUCUGACAAUGGUGAGCGCUGUAAUUUAUUAGAUUUGCUUCAUGGCUGAUUAUCAUUUGAAAGACUUCCAACAAAAUAUUGGAGACAAUUCCAUUUGAUUUGACUGUUGAUUUGACCUAACCCCAGGUAUGCUGUGUUGUCGCCAACUCUAAAUUGUAGAAGUAUUAAACAUAUGAUACACAGAACCCAUGUGGAUGUCUGGUUGAUCUUAAAACGAAGAAUUAUUGGUGUGGGGAUGGGAGGGUUCAAAUCUCAAAACUAUUCCUAGUACUCAAUUCAGGAUCUUUGCUAUUAAAGUGGACUUCCCAUGUUUUUCUGGAAAUGAAGAUUUCUGUCCCUCGUGUACCAUAUGUGCAAUUGUCUGCAAUGUGUCCCCAAGGAAAAAUCGUUGUUAUCUACACACACGUAUUCUGAAUCAAAUUACUUUGCAUCUUUCUGUUUUUAAUAUUUUGAUGCCUGCACGAUUUGUACAAUUGUCAAUAUGUACUUGUUGGUUGUGUCCUGCAUUUCCAUGGGUUUUGUUUUGUUUCGUUAAUCUUUUUGUCAUGUUGCGAUACAUAUUUCAUUUUAAUGCAUUUAAGUACAAUUAGAUCCCUCUCAACCCCACUUGGUUGUGAAUUUGUGCGAAAAUGACAGCUUGUAUCAAGAUUAAAAUUCUGGAUAAGUGCUUGGAUUAGUACAAAAUAAGUUGAGUUCCCUGGUCGUUACUUAACUGAACUCGCUUGUGCCUAUUUAGCAGCAUGUAAAAAAAAGUGGGAGUCGUGGGGGGUGGUGGUGUUAUAACCUGUUUAUCUUCACGAUUGCUAUCCUUGGCUGUCCCUCGGAUACAUUGUCCAAUAUACGCAUACCCAUAUUUCACACAAUUAUUUUCUGCUUUGUUUGUCAGAAUAAAAUGUAUAUUUUUUAUAUUAUACAAACUUUCCGUAACUUUCAAAGGCAACCAGUUUUGGUACAAGUUAGAUCUCUGUAUUCCUGGUAUCGAAACAAGAUAAUCAAAAGCUUUUGUAGACUGUGAACCACGAGUAAUGUAAUAAGUUGAGUGGCAAUCUCUAAUGCAUACUGCAUAUGAUGCAAUCACUUGUCCUAGGUUUGGAUAUACACUUGGUAAAUGUCAUCUUUUGAGUAGAAAAGUAAUUUCAAUUCACUGAAGCUGUAAAAUGUCAAUGCACUUUUAUGUUGUACAUUAAGAAGUGAAGACUUCAAGCACAACUACCAUGUGGUCUUUGCAGGCUAUACUUGAGGUUUCCUUAAGGUUUCAAUCUGUGCAAGAUGGUGGCCAUUUGUACUUUGCAUCGCUAUUGUCGGUUGUGCCUUUUCCAAGUUAACCUGCUCUGUUUACUUAAAAUGUCAAAAUGUCUUUUUGGUCCAAAAUUCAUGAAUUAAAAAUAUUGGUGAAUAGGAAAGAAGUUUUGCUGAAUUUUCUCUGCCACAGAAAUCAUUUCAGUUAUAUUUGUACUUUCCCCCCUAGUCUCGGUAUAGACCACAUUACAAAAUAUUAAAAUUUCAGUAUUUCUACAUGUAUUUUGAGUGGUUAUGAGACCAAAGCUUUUCUUUAAUGUAUUGUUUAUUUCAUUCUGUAUACAAAUGUGUACGUUAUUUUGCUAGAAAAAAAAAUCAUGAAUAUGGAGCAUUUUUGUGACCCAGAAUAGGAGUAACUUAUUCUGAUGUCAGAACAGACUAUUCACCAAAAUGUUUAUAUUGGCCAUGUUAAGUGGCAAAAUUUUAUUCACAAAAAAUAAAGAGUAACUGCUCACCUAUAA